ACAUGACUGUUUACACUGUGAGAGAGGAGGCAUGUGGGUGAAGAACAGCAGAAACUCAGGAGAAACGGCCCUCACAUAAACAUGUAGGAUAUCUUACACACACACACACGCAAACACAGGAAACAGCAGAAUGGACCAGAGAGUUGAACACAGUUUUUAUCCUCCUGAGGGCCAGCCCAGCAGACCCAGAGAUGUGCUUGUUAAGUCAGCCUCAGCAUAUGCAGAUAUCCAAUGGGAACAGCCUCAUCAGCCGAAAAACCCAGACAGGGAUCCAUUUGGUUACCCUCAUCGUGAGAUCCCCCCAUUGGCCAGUUAUGCUCCUCAGCCUGAUUACAUGACAGGGGAUGAUGAUCUCAUCAAGCCUAAAAAGCUGAUUAAUCCAGUGAAAGCCUCUAAAAGCCACCAGGAGCUUCAUCGGGAGCUGCUUAUGAACCAUAAACGAGGUAUUAGUGUGGAGAACAAGCCAGAAUUGCAACGUGUGUUGGAGCAAAGGAAGAGAGAGCAGAUGAUAAAAGAAAGAAAGCAGGAGGAGGAGGCCAGGAGGAAAAUCUCUCCAUUGGAACAGGAGCUUCUCAAGAGACAACAGAAACUAGAGGAGCUGGAGAAGGAGCAAGCAGGAUUGGAGGACAGCAACUGCAGUGCUCCAGAAUUCAUAAAAGUGAAGGAAAACCUGAGACGAACAUCGUUUACAAGUUCUGGAGAGAAGGAGGUGUAGGGGCAUAAACAAAGACUGGAUCCAUGUGUAUUUGUGCACAGCCAGUAACAUAGAGAGCUGCUGCAGCUCCUAAACACCACCCACACGACUCUGCUUCCCUACUUCUUGUCUCACACCAACAAUGCACUCACCUCUCUCUGUAGGAGGCUCAGAGAGGUCAGAGAUAAGGACAAGACCCAAAGGACCUCUGCUAUACCUUCAAAUUAUAAGGAGGUUGAUGCUUAAGAGGUUUCAGGAGACUGCAAAGAGAAAAAGAGUGUUUUUUCCUGCUCUGGGUCAGACUUGAUGGGUUAAAGAUUAACUGCUCAGGAUGCUUAUGAGUUUGUGUGUAUGCAUGGAUGGACAGCUAUGUUCUGGUUCUGCCACAUUAGAUGAAAAAGUGAAAAGAAGGUACAGGGAUUAGUUUCAGAGUGAAAAAAAAAACAGACUAUCUCUCUCUAAAUGACAGGCAGAACAUGUAUAAGGCGGCAAUUAGACAAACAGUAUCAGUAUUAUAGGCAAAUUGUUUUUUAUUAAAACCGCCAAAUAUUUGUUAAUUGCCUAAUUUUAGACAUCGUUUCUUACACUUAACAAUCAGCACUUGUCACUUUUACAUGAAAAUAUAAGAACUAUGAUUAUUUUCAGCUUUCAUCGACCCUUGAUUUGCAGUAUAAAACCUUGCACGUGUGAACACAAAAUUAAUUUUACUCCAUUAAACACAGAUCAUCACUGCAGUGAUGGCUAAAAUGAUAUGCACUUUUACGAAGCUAACCACUUAAUUUGACACAUCAUAGAGUUAAACCAGUAUAAAAACAGGGAAGUUUCAGGUUUGUGCUUACUCCAGUGCCUUUGUUAAAAUAAUGCAACAAGAUAGGCAGUCUGGCUGUUACUGUGGUCCAAUAUAUGUUGCUUAGAAUUUUGUUCAUAGUCAUAUCUUUAUGAAAUGUUCCCUAUUAAAACAGUUUUAUAUUGUUUGGGUUUUCAAAGCACAAAGUAAAAUUUAAAUAUGUAAUUUCUGCCUUUUUUGACUUCUGAAGCCAUUGGAUAAUACAACAAUCAAUGUGUUACUUUAGUUUAAUGUUAAUUUAAUUCUCGUGUUGUUGCAGUCAAAAUCAUAAAACAACUAUAAAAGUUGGCUACUUACAUUUUUGUUGUAGCUUUAGCCAUGAGCUUUUGAUUGUUAUAAACAGAGAACUUACACAAUAAAGAAAAAGUACAUAUGCUUCAUGUCAUUCAUACCAAUACAAUAAAUUUUGCUUUUGCAAAAUACACACAUGCAAAGAAAAUCAUUUGAUCCAUCUACAUGCACCAACAAGUUAACAAUAAGAUAUCAAGUUUAGCCCUGUGCUAUUUAGAUACUGCCAGCUCUGUGUCUGCAGGGCCAGCCAUCCAGACUUCCCAGUUUGUGGAAUGUCACAAACUUCUAAAGUGAAACAGUAGAGAAUAAUGUGUGUGUGUUGUGAAUUUUAAGUAGAUGGUCUAAAAGUGAAGUGGCGUGAUGAUACAGGAGGUCACAGGGCCUGGUUUGGGGUUAUCAUGCUCGGUUUCACUUUAAUGGGACCUCUGAGUUUUUUUUUUCCACUGAUGGAAAGUCUCCAUCUCGCCUUCAUCCAGCUUCUCGAUAGCUUCUUAAUUAGAGGGACAGGUAACACUAUACCCUGAAUCACAAGACCCUUUGUCCACAAAAACACGCUAUCCACUUCUAAUCUGUUUAAUCCCUAAGAAUCUUCAGGAUCCGAUUUGUUGUGCUCUAGUAAACAAGGGCUAAAUUGUUUGACGUGAGGCAGUUGCGAACCUGAACUGAACAAUGGCACACCUGAACUACUGGCAACACAACAGCCUGAACAUGAACACAGUGUUUCAGGGAGACGCUACAGGUGUAAAUACAAACCACGCCAA